AUGGGGCAGCGAGAACCGGCCGGCCCGCCGCCAAUGCCUCGCUCAUCGGUGGCCUUGCGGCUUCCAGGGCCCCAGAUAAUGUACAGGAACGAGGAGGUCACGCUAAGAGACAUCGUACAUUUUAGAGCUCAUUUGCUGGUUGACAGUCGAAACUUGAAAGAAUCGUUAGAGCGAGCAGAAUGGAGUCUUGGGGUGGAGUUGUGGUGCAGCGAGGGCGCGCAGUCGAGCACCCUGGCACCUGUCUCCUGCCGAGUGCUGAAGCUGCACUUCCAACCAUCCCAGGGUCUGCAUUACCACCUGCCCGUGCUCUUCGAUUACUUCCACCUGUCGGCUGUCUCCAUAACAAUACAUGCCAGUCUAGUUGCUUUGCAUCAACCGUACAUCAACACGCCCCGCUCGAGCAAACAGUGGGGCAAGUUAAUGAAGAGCGCUGGAUCCAACUUCAGCGCGUCGGGCAGCUUCGAGAACGUGUUGUUCGGAUCCACGGGCAAGUGCGCUGGCGGCAACUCCGGCAAAAUAGCUCACGCCAGGCAAGUCCAUGCAGAAGUAUGCGGGAUUCUGCUGGGAUCCCUAGAAGGUUUGCAAAGUGCGUUAACAGUGUGCGGCUCAACGGGUGUCAUGCUUACUCCAGAAGAGUCCACAUCUAAUUCAGUCGUUGGAGAAGUAGCGCAGAGGAUAAAGGAUCUCAGUGAUUUUGGAAAAAAUUUGCAGAAAUCCGAGUGCGGUGAAGAGGAGGAAUGGGCGAUGAGCGCCGCUCACGACAUCGCGCGUUUAUGUGCGGAGGUGACGCUUCGCUGGCGCGCAUUCCUGCACCACACCACCGACCGACCACACGUCCACCACGCGCUUGCAGCUCGACAUCAUGCAUUACGCAUCAAGCGUUUCUCAGAAUGCUUUUUUGUGCUGGACAACCCGCGUCACUCGAUGGCCGGUUGCUACGAUAGCAACUACCAAUCAUACCAGAGUGUCGGCGAGGCUGCUCGCAGGUCUCGGUAUCUGGCGCUGCUGCCGCCACUGCCGGUCCACUGCAUUGCUCUCGACGGAGAUCCGCAUAUCAUGCCCAUCAUCUUUGAAGAUAGAUACCAAGAUACUGCUGAAUUUGCAAGACGACGAUCGUUCUUAAAUUCCAGUGCCAAUAAAUCUGGAAGCGAUCCAUUCUUAUGUUCGGAACCUGUAGGAGAAGACUGCGCUUGUAGUAUAUCUUCUCUCGUUGAUUCAAGAAGACCUUCAUCAGAAGCAUCCAGAGUCACGCUAACACUGCCUAAAACAAUGAUGGAUGUUCUAGAGCCGCAAUUUCAAGCACCCAAAACGAGUUCUAAUGUGGUGCAAGCAACACUGACUCUGGCUCCACAAAAAUCCGCUAGAGGUUCCCCGAAAAGAACAUUGGUGAAACAAAACGUAGUUGAAAUGAACAAACCGCAUAACAAACAGCUAGAACUAACUGGCAGAAAUAGAUACAUUGUGCAAAAUAAUCAAAUCAGUGAAAUUCAACUCCCGCCAAACAGUGCAUUCGCGUCAUGCUCUAUACAACAAGGGCAACAACUAUCUCGAUACUCUGCAUCAACGUUACUAGACAUUAAUGCAUCAAAAAGCACUUCUAAUAUUUCGCGUACAGGCAAAGAAAAGGGCGAUCCCAAUGAACCAUUGCGACAGAAGCACGAAAUCACAAGUGGAGUUAGCACAUUACCCGCGAGACAUAGUAAAUCUUUAGAUCAGCUACGAAUGUCGCAAAUGACGCCAUUUAGUGCAGCGCAAACGCUUACAAAAAAUAUAAGAAAUAGUUCAAAUUCGUCGGUCAACUAUCCUAAAACAUACAUUCCGGUACAACAAAUAAAGCCUACGACACUGCCUCGUAGUGUCACCACUACAGCUUACCCCACGAGUACUACCACACGAUGUGGAUCAAAAGGAGACGAUUAUAGAAGGAACAUAACAGAAUUUAGAGAAAAAUACAAAAAUCCGUGCAAUAUGAAUUUAACUCCUCAACAUGGCAUGAGCAAUGAAGUAUUUCAUAAUAACGUAGGUUAUAAGUAUGAUGGUGCGAUGAAACCUAAUCCUAACCAAGUAUAUGGCUAUACUCUCGGUAACCAGGGUAAUCUGCAAGUGAAUAAUGUUAUUCGUAAUCCGUUAGAGUUUCAGAGAGGCUACAGUGUAAAUUUACCCCGUCCUAUGUUGCCUCCACGUAAUUCUUAUCCACCGGUUAGUGGUAAAACUCAAGUGACUGAUCAAAAUAACUUAGUUUCUAAUAAACAUGUUCAUAGAUCUAAUUCUACGCAUGUAUUUCAUCAGAAUAUGGACAGCCAACAAAUCGACAUUGAAGCAGCCCGUAACCAACUGAGGUAUGAAUUAAAUUACUAUCUUCAAAAAGGAGACUGGAGCUAUGACUUUAAUACUGGCAGCCUCAUCCAAAAUUAUCAAAAGAAGUCUAGUAAAAGCAGUGACGAUAGCGGUUUUGUGAUGAAUUUAGAUAGAAGCAGCGAUGGAACUUCAAAAUCAACUUAUUCGAAAACACCGCCUUCUACUCCACAUUCCACAAUGCCUUCCGUGAGGCAUAAGAAGAGCAGGUCAAAGGAGUCCAAAUUGAAUAAUAGCGCUAAAGAAAACUCAAAACUAAAUUCUAGCCGUGACUCAUUAAGUAGUCAUCACUCCAUAAAAUCCCGGGAUAGUAAAUCCGACCGUCAUACUUCAAAAUCUGAGCGUAGUACGCCAAAGUCAGACAGAGCGACCCCGAGAUCUGGGAAAUCGACACCUAAAUCUGGUGGUAUUACACCAAGGUCGGGUCUAGCAACACCAAAGUCUGGAAGAGCCACGCCUAAAUCUGGUAUGGCUACACCUAAGAGUGGUAGAUCUAGCGGAAAACCAGAAAAACGAUCAAAACAUAAGCCGUCGGAGAAAAUGACUCAAUUAAUGUCAGAAGCCGCAUCUUCCUCCAGCAAUGAAAGUAUACCAUUUGAAUUACGAAGAUUAGAGUCAUCUGCGAGUGUCCCUUAUAGUCUCGAUCACGGCCCAGAGUUAUUACGGCAUUGCAGAAGCGCAGCAUCGGUAUUGGACGAACCUAACUUAAAUAAUAAUUUCGGAUCGGAAUCUUUACCCAAUUUAGCACCACCGCCCGCUUUUGAAUCACCACCACUUGAUAUAGGAGACAAAGAUUUCAAAAUUCUGCCUCCAGAAAACUUUUCAAACAAAGAAGAAAAACGUAGUAGAAGUAGUUCCACAUCGAGCUUAAGCGAACAAAGUGGUUGGGUAUCCAGUGGACGUAGUUCAGGCCCCUCAUCUCCCGAUAAUACCAGUUGUCAAUUAAACCAAAAUUUCCCUCCGCCAAGCCAAGCACUUGCCAAAACUCCUACCAAAACCUACGAGGAUCCUAUCGAAAUUCGUAAAUCUGAAGGUGAAACGAUAUGUGAUUUUAAAAGAACUGAACUCAACGGUGAGCAGUUACGUGAACGGCUGCUAAAAUUAGCUGUGAAAGUAGCUCAGAAUAACUCGAAUGAGAAAAUAGAAUGCUGUGAUAAAGAAAUAUGUGAAGAGUGUACGAUUUGUAGUGACUCUAUAUGUACAGAUAGUCAAUGCGAAUAUAAUAAGAUUAUGCACAGUAACGGGAUUGACGCGGGUUGUAACUCUGACACAUGUACUGCAAGCUGCUUCCAACAAAUGUCAGAAAUUAACGCUAAAGUAAACCAACGACAUAAUUCAUUUAGUGCAGUGCAAGGCAAGUCUUUCAGCACGUCAAAAUCUACAAGUGAAGGAAUGGUUAAUAAAUCACAAACUAUUAGCGAUAACUUACAUCCGUAUAUACGUAAAGAGAUUGUGCCGAAGCCACAGCCAAGUUCGAGUAAAUCAAGUUCUAUGGAUAAAAGUAAACUCAGGGAAAGGAUUGAAUACACAGAGCGAUUAAUUGCAGCGGAACUCAGAAGUCUCACUGUAGACAGGUCUUGUAAAAGCCAUAAUAAAAAGUCAGCGCCGGGUCCCGUAGCAUCUGUACAAAAAUAUCACAAUAAAGCGAAGUCUGAAAUAGAUUUGGCGCACUUCAUUGGGGACAAUGAUUACGAGCAUUUGCCACCACCACAGCAAUUCCGCGAUGCACCGCCUCCACCAGACGAAUUUAAGGACCCUCCUGCGAAGUCGCCAAAAUUGAGCAGACAAAGCAGUAAGGCGUCAACGCCGUCAAAGACUCCGCAGAAACACGCACAACCAUCUACACUAGAGUUAGAUAAUCCCCUCUACCACGUGUGUGAAGAACGUGAAAGUAAUCUCAUCAGUAUCUUCGGGCUAGCCGAGUCUGAAAGAUUGUUCGUUAAAUGUCGAGACGAGUUCCGACAAAGCGUGAAAUAUCCAGGAGCUAUUUAUUCAGAUUUUCCACCUGUGGAAAAUUCGCUCCCCUACUUCCAUAUCAGCGAUGAAUAUCGAAUGUUUAAUCCUGAAGGAUUACAUCUCAUAAUAUGCGUUCAUGGCUUAGAUGGCAACGCAGCUGACCUGCGCCUGGUAAAAACAUACCUAGAACUAGGCCUACCAGGCGCCAGAUUAGAUUUUCUAAUGUCAGAGAGAAAUCAAGGGGAUACAUUUUCCGAUUUUGAUACAAUGACGGACAGGUUGGUUCAGGAAAUUCUCACGCACAUUCAAAAUUCAAGCGAACCGGCUCGCAUUAGCUUCGUGGGACACUCACUUGGCACCAUUAUCAUCAGAUCUGCACUAGCCAGGCCUCAGAUGAAACCAUUUUUGGGCAAACUGCAUACGUUCUUAUCGCUUAGCGGCCCACAUCUUGGCACUCUUUAUAAUUCUAGUGGUCUCGUGAAUGCCGGCAUGUGGUUCAUGCAAAAAUGGAAGAAGUCCGGGUCCCUCCUCCAGCUGUCUCUACGCGACGCAUCGGAUCCUCGCCGUUCGUUCCUCUACCGCUUGAGCGAAAGGAGCCAGCUGCAUCAGUUCAAACACAUCCUGCUCUGUGGCUCCGGGCAGGAUCGAUACGUUCCUCUGCACUCGGCACGACUUGAGCUUUGCAAAGCCGCCGCUAAAGAUAUGUCUCUGCUAGGUCAAGCUUAUAGGGAAAUGGUACACAACAUGGUGGCACCGCUUGCGCGCGCAUCGUCCGUCUCAGUGGUUCGAUACGACGUCCAACACGCACUCCCACACACGGCCAGCGCGUUGGUCGGUCGAGCAGCUCACAUCGCAGCUCUCGAUUCAGAUCUUUUCAUUGAGAAAUUUCUUCUUGUCUCCGCACUCAAAUAUUUCCGGUAAUGUUUUAAUAAAUUUGAUAUCACGUUUGAGACUGAAAUCGGUAUCACUAUACGCUUAUGUAAAACCCGAAUGCGGUUGUAACUUUCAAACUUAAAAUUUAUUCUAGAAAAUUCCAUAAUUGUUUCACUAUGGGGCAUUUAUUUUUUAAUUUGUAACUAGCAUUUUGUUUUUAUUAGCAUUUGUUUUUAAAAUGAUCGGCUCUUACUAUUGCAGCAGGACUUAGGUAACGCCGUAUAAAAAGGUGUUUAUUCAACUGAGCUGGAUUUAUCCAAGGUCGUUUUAAAUCUUAAACAUUUGGUGACUCUGAAUUUUUGGGAUAAGGGCAGGUUGAAAAAUAAUUUAUUUUCUAUUUUUGUGCCAUUUUAAAAAUAUCAGAAAUCGCCCUACUGAGCAGACUUACUUUUAUAAAACACUUAUUGGCCACUUAUUAUUACACACUUAUUAUACACUUAUUUGGCUGUGAUAAUUUCCACUCGGUAUUUCUUUGGACCUCUAAUCUCUUUUUUGAAGGUACAAUAAGCAAAAUAUUGAAGAAUGCCAUGCCUAUUGCCUAUUUUACCCAGAGCCGUUCAACGUUCAAAUUGCUCUUCCAUGCGAUGUUUAAUAUUCUCUGAGUUCGUGUAUCGUAUUAUAAUUUCUUUUGUAGUGUUUACAAUUAAAUGCGAUUGUCCGAAAUAUUUAAAAUUAUGGUAAUAAUAAAAUUAAUAAUGACCCAUCUUUGCGACUACUGAAUUAAAUCGAUCAAGGAAAUAAAGAAUUUUAAAUCGAUUUAAUAUCCUACCUAGAGUCAUAAAUAUCUAUUAUUGAAUGCAGAGAAUUACAAUGAACUAACAAUUUUAAUUAAGUAGCAUAAGAUGGAUCUUUACACCAAAUAAUUAAGACUACAAUUUAGCUAAUGUAGAUAAUAAUAGAUAGAUGUUAUUAUAAUAAUUAAUAUUGUUAACUACACUGUGAAAUGUUCACAGCAUAAUUUCGUUUAGGGUUGCCAUCUUGUUAACAUCUAGCAUCAGAAAUACAGUUUUAAUCGUUAACUUUAAGAAUUUUAUUAUUGAUACGAAUUUAUUUUUAAAAUAAUACAAUAAAAUCUUUUUAAUAUAUUGCAAUUUAUGAUAUCGCGCACGAACAUUUGAUCACAAUAGAAUCUGAGUCAUUCAUACCGGGGUGUGAUGGCAACCUUAUGAUGGCAGUCAAUUUUCAUCACUUGUUUAAUAUUUAUUUAAUACUUCCGGGGCUGGGCAAUGUCAUAAUUGCCUUUGUGUACCUUACUAAGUUAGAUUUUAAACAAAUUAACACCCAGGUUUCCUUAUGAACAGCACAAAAGAUGAAAAUGAAUAUAAAAAUUUCAUUCCAGCAGCGCUAAAUACGAUUUACGGAUGUAAUCGUAUCUAAAAUUAGGUCAUGUUUGAAAAUUUGACGGGUGUAAGUAAUCCAAAUCAUCGCUCAAACUGCUUAUCUCUAUACUGGUUUACAGAGUAAUCCAUUGCACGUAAUAUUUUGUGUUUCAUAUAAAAAACAUAAACCAAGCUACCAUGAUUCAACAUUUUUAUUCGAACCAAACACAUUGGUAUCGAAAUAAUGCUGUUUAUUUCGCCAACUUAACUUUCGCAAUUAUGGGCCAUUUCUUACGCGUAACUUGAACAAUUCAGCCGAUAUUACUUAUACCACCAUCAGUUACAUACUUUAUAUUGGCAAUAAAUUGACAGCGUUUGCGCGGCGCUUUACAUACCUCUUUUCUUAAGUAAUUACAUAGCUCUUGAUAUUAUAUUUCUUGUAUUUAAUCAAGUGAUGAUAUUGACCAACACUAAGAGAGCAAAAAUCUUCUGCCUAUCGCAUUUUAUCAUAAUCCUCAAAUUUUUUCCAUCGCACAAAAGGAAUCGAUACGAAACCUCACAAUGGAGAAUUUCUAUUAUUCGCAUUUUAUAAUUUAUAUGUCGUUGUAAUGUUUAUGUUCCUGUUGCGAAAAAUAAAUGAAAGGGCCUGAAACUACGGCCGUAGCCUUAAUCAAUAUAACAUGUUAGAGAAAGUUGUAAAUUUUUAUCGAAUGUUAGACUGAUCUUUAAAUAUACGAUCACUAAGAUUAUGGGUAAGUUCCAUAGAGGUAUCCUUUCUUAUUAGAAUUUAAUUUUAAUCUCGAAUAGUCACGCUCUGUCCACAUAUUUGUAGUAGUUGAUUUUAUACAGGGGCUUAUUAAUUUCGUCGGAUAUAGAUAAAUCGUAGUUAUUGAUAUGUUGUAUUAACGGUCAUGAGCGAAUUUAAGAACAAUCAAGGCUAUCAACUACAACGGACAUCCCUAGAGACCUCAAUCCUUGUCCAUAAUGCACCAUCGUGUUUUGCAUGACAAAUGCGUUUUACAGGUUGUUCUAAGUAUGGAAAAUUCCCCACUAUACUUAUUAUAGAAAUAAAAUAAUAUAUAGCCGCAAGAAUUUAUAUUUGUAACAUUAUUUUUAAAACUACAGUAAUUAGAGAUUUUAAUAACUCCUUAUUAAAUUAUUUUGUAAUGAAGCUGAUGACCCGAAUAUCUUAUUCCAAAGCAAAAUAAUAUAAUUAGUGUCACCUGUGCAUGUUUUAAAAUUUUUAGUUAGACAAUAUGGAUUCCGAAUAUUUUGUGACCGACGAUAUGUUUUUAUAUUAUUUAAGUAUUUAAUAAAAAUCGAUGCAAUGGGAACACCUAGCACCUUGGAACAUAUUACAUAACCAUUUAUUAUAAAAUAUCAGACUUUAUUUCUUUUCUUAAAAAUGAUAUAUCUUACAUAGUAUAUACUGUUAAAUAUUUUGAAACAUGCUCGGUUACAUAUAAAACAUUCUGUUUAAAAUAAAUGCAUGUAUGUAGUAGUUGUGUAUUAAAAGACGGAAAAGAAUUUUGUAAAUAAUAUAGUAAAUGAAAUUUUAUUUGUAAAUCGUAUGUCUAAUGACAAUGUGUCGAUGUUAUACACAUAUAAAAUAAAUAAUAAAUAAACGAAUUCCUGAAAA